AUGUGCGUAAAUCGUUAUACUGCGGGCAUCUAAAUCGGACUUCCGAUCGAACGAGCACAGACUCUUUGUUCUAUCUUUAAGCCUGAGGAAUUAAUUAUAAGCGAAUCAAAUCGUGUGCUUUUGUUCUUUUGAUUGAAACGCAAUGGCGUAGCGGAAUUCGUAGAACAAGUGUGCACAUAUAUUGAUAGAUUUAAAAAUUGAAAUGCCGACCAAGCUUUUAAUAAAUUGCUAUUCUUUUUAAUUCAGAUGUGUCACAGGGUUGAACCAUUUUAUCGAUGUAGGAGCGGUGUUCGAUAUCUGUUUCGCGAAGGGGAUCAUUCAACCGAAUGUAGAGAAAUAUUCGAUGAACGUAGCAUUGGAAGGGAUGUCGUAGAGGCCGCGCAUCGUUCGAACGACGCGUCGCCAUGACGGUGCAGCUGGCCAUUAUGUUUCCGUGCCGGGGAAAGGGAAAUGGCGAAAGAGAGAGAGAGAGAGAGAGAGAGAAAGAGAGAGAGACACAUUGCAUCCACCAUAACGGCUCGAAGUUGCGUGACGUCGUCUUCAAUGGCCGCCGCCGUGUUGUCUGUGCAUGUAACGGAGCGCGGUAUUAUCAGAGACCGCGUUCCGCGCUGGUACACGAUCUAGUGUUUAUCGUUUCUCGUUAGUAUUAUUCACCACGCUGUGGUCAGACGUGCGAACCAUGGGCUCGAAGAAGCACAAAAAGCACAAGCGCGAGAGGCACGAAGGAAUAUUGACUACGUUUUCACCAAGGACAAACUGAGAGUGAGGUUGGAGUAUAGAAGUGAGGUGGAUGCAAAAGUAUAAACGAAGGUUCCACAGCAACACGUGUGAAGUGGAAUUGAGGGGCAUUAUACAACUCCGGACAAACCUCGUACUUUGAAAUUAAUUCUGAAAGUAGGGGGUAGUAGUGGGACGCCUGAAUACGGGAACGAAUCCCCGAGUCAAGCAACGAUGUUGUCGCAGCACUUAGGCGUCUACCAACAGCAGUUGGGUCUCAACUGCUCAGUAACGCAGGAAUCGGAAUACGACAGGUACUUGGGGCACAAGAAAUUGAAGAAGAAAAAGAAAAAGAAGGACAAAAGGCACAAGCAUCAUCACAAAGAUAAGAAGCGGAGGAGAGAGGAGUCCAGUCAGGAAUCUGUAGGAGAUGCCGAUGAGAACCUGGUCGAAAUCCCUAAAAAAAUUCCGAGUCAUCAACUGCUGCCACCGAGACUACCGUCCAGUGGUGAACACAGGCUCGGUGUCGUUAGCCACAUUAGUUCUCUCUCACCGCAUCGCGAGCCGAGAACUUGCGUGCUUAGGAAAAUUGCCGAGCGCACGCCGCUCCAACGAUUACUAGAGCAUCUCUUCAGGUCGAUGGAGAAACGUGAUCCCCAGCAGUUUUUCGCCUGGCCGGUCACGGACAGUAUCGCACCCGGAUAUUCUCAGAUCAUAACUAAUCCCAUGGAUUUCAGUACCAUAAAGCAAAAGAUAGACGACAAUAACUAUCAAAACUUGAAUGAAUUCAUCGAUGAUUUCAAGCUGAUGUGCAACAACGCUACCACGUAUAAUCACCCGGACACCAUUUACUACAAAGCAGCGAAGAAGCUGUUACACGUUGGCCUUAAAAUGGUUACACCCGAGAAACUUCGUCAGCUGAGACCCGUUCUUACUUACAUGCAGGAUCUGUCCAAGGAGGAACUCGGGUUCGAAUUAGGUAUGGAAGAUCCGAACAAUCCGGAUGUUCCGGUGACGGAGGAGCAGAUCGAACGCGAACGAGAACAGGAGGAGCGCAACGAAGAAGCGGAGGAGCUCCGAAAGGAGAACCAGAGGAAGAUGAGGCUGGCGAACUUAGGAAAAUUCGAAGCUAUACCUGACGAUUUGACUCCUGAAGAGAUAUUGAAGCAGGCCCGCGGUGCUGCGAAAGUCGCGUCGGAGAAAUUGACACUGAAAAGGUUGAACUCGAAAAUGGGUUUCCUGAGACAGAAGAAAGACGGAACUACCAGUUUACAAAUCAUAGUCCCGGGAGAUGGUGUGAUCCCAGGAACUAAUCAGAGACCGGUGUCGUUAGGGCAACUUAUAGGCAAAUUGAAUCACGGUACAGGAGCGUUAGCAGGCUUUCGAGAGGACAGGAGGAACAUGUCGAAACCGGUGAAACCCUUGUACUACGGUGCCUUCGGUUCUUAUGCACCCAGCUAUGAUUCCACGUUCGCCAACCUCACGAAAGACGAGACAGACUUAGUUUAUCAAACUUACGGUGACGAGACCGCUGUACAAUACGCAGAAUCGAUACUAGAUUUCGCUAAAGACUGUGAUUACACGUUGACUAUGGUCGACGAUCUGCUGGAUAUUUUGACGGGAGGAGAUCACAGGAAGACUAAGAAAUUCCUCGAGGAGAAGCGACGGCUCAAAGAAGAGGAAGAAAAGAUAAAACAUUUAUUAGAGAAACCUAUGCAAGACAUGAACCGCAAUAUCGCCCCCGCGGACAUCGUAAAAGUGGACAUCGAUCAAUUAAAAACGCUGUCGGAUAUAGGAAUCGAUAUUAAUUUCUUGGAGAACUUAGAGGAAGAGCUGAAGCUCGUCGAGGAACGGUCAGCUUUGCAGAAUCGAUUGGACGACACUUCGCAAAUGUUAAGUCGGUUGAAGCAAACGCAGCACGAGCGGCUCUCGACACAACCGCCCGCGCACUUGUCGAAUGUUCCUAAGCCGUCAGAAUCGGAAGUGGCGAUAGCCGAUAAAAUCACGGAUAAUUUAACGGAAAUAGCUAAGAAACUCCCGCCCUCGGCAAUCGCGCCUGUGGACGGAUUGCGAAGAGCUAUGGGUAUUGCGCCUCUUGGUGGGCCGGAGCCUAUGGAGGUUGAACCGAUCACGCAUAACCCGACCAUAGUUGCCGAAAGCAGUUUGAUGACGCAGGCUGCCGGUAACAAUCAAGUUCCGGCGAACUUGUUGUCGGCGCCGUCACCGAUUCAAAACGCGAAUUUGCUCAGCCCUAGUAAUCAGCAGAAUCAGCCGAUGAACAUCGUGAAUACGAGCCAGGCUCCGAUACCGAUACAAAUUGGUAUAACCCACGCUCAGACAUCCGCCUCUUUAUUGAACACGGCGGAGACGUCCGCGGUACCCGAUCUCGAAUCGGAGCUACGCGAAUUUUUGGAAAGUGACCCUACGUUAGGACACUCGCCACUCCACGACGACAAAACAUUGGAAGAUAUACUGUCUGAAUCUUAGUGUGGACGAUUCUCCGAUUAUAUUGAUUUCUAAUUAAGAUUCACCUCUCGCAGGUUGUACAUUUUAUUACGUAUAUACGUUUAAUUUUAAGCGGGCCGGCCAAUAAAUCAGAUCGUGUUUGAAAUAAUCAUGUUCUCAUUCGACCAAUACCAUAUUUAAUUCCGUUUAUGAAAUUUGUGUAAUGAAAUAUCGCAUAGACUGAGAGAGUUUGGAAUGGAAUAUAAUUUGUGAAGCAUAAUAUUAUUAAAUGACGAAUUGUAAGACAAAUACUGUUUGAUACUGAAGUACGGCUAAUGAAUUCCGAGCAGAAGUCUGCUUUAUUUUAAUUCUGUUUGUCAGUAGAACCUCUGAAUUAUUUUGCACUUUGCGAUGGAAUGUAACUCCGUUUUUACUUUAAAAUGGAAAUGGAAAUAUGAAAUAGGAAAUUGUACAUAAGGUGUAUUUUUAAAAGUGGUAAAUGCAUUUUCCUUUGAAAGAAGAAAAGAAUUGAUAUAUUCCCAUGAGAGUUUUCAAAACACGCUCUUUUACUUUCUCGAACUAUCUUUCCUACUUCUAUAUAUCUAGUUUUUCCAAUCGAUUAUCACGAGAACGCGAGUUAUGAUCAUUGUGCAUAGCGAUAUCGAAAAUUUCGUUUCCGUGCGAAAAACAGAAUACAUCAUUUUUCAAAGAA